AUGACCACUGCUACGCGUCGCUCGUUGACCGACGUCCCGGACAUCCUCUAUAAUGUAUUUUCCCACUUCGACGUGCACGCCGUCUGCCUUCCUGAUGACCAGCCUCUUGCCGAUCUCCUUUGUACUCUUGGAAUGGCGACGAGAGAACGAGGCUCGGACGAUCAGUCAUGCCAUGACGAGGACAAACCCCAACGAUAUGUGCUGCCCACAGACGAUGUUGGAGGAUACCCGGUUUUCGGAGCUAUAGAGGCAUAUGAGCAGCGCUGGAAACGGUCGAGAAAUUAUGAUGUCAGAUAUUCCAUCUCCAUCCCCGGUAACCCCCGAACACACGUCCAUUGGGCUCGCUUCGUCCAGUAUGCAUCCCGCGUCCGUGCCGUCGCGCUCUUCAUCUUUGACGGUCCCAAAUGGUCAAGGCUCUGGGAUGAGUUACAGCAUGCAACAGGCGGUAUCACGAUACUGCCGAUGCUCGACACUGUCACAUUCUGCGAGAUCGGACCCAGGCGAGCUCUGACACCCGGAAUCUUUGCUCUCAUUCCCCCUUCUGUUGGCAAACUCCGCCUUCCGUUGCCCCCUUCACGCCUUGAUCCAUCCAUGAUACGAUCAUACUUCCCCCAGAUUCGCCACAUGGACGUGCAGCCCGAGUGUGGCGUUGAAGACCUCCGGAUGCUGGCUGGGUUUCCUACAUUGCGGUGCCUCUCCAUCUCGGUAUCCUUUGCCGUUCCUUCUCCGAACCUCACCCUUCCAGUUUUGGGGACACUGGUGAUGGAAGGUUCGUGGCCGAACCUUACUACGCUGCUCAACAGCGCGCAUCUUCCGUCGCUACACACGCUCUCGGUAACAGGUUGGGAAGGUGAAGAUAACGCUUCCAAGCUCGCCAUGGAUGCCAUACAGUGUUUGCACGCCAUCUCCCGCUACAAGUCCAUCACCAAUCUGUCGAUAUACACAACAUAUACCCCUCAGUACGAAUACGGCUGCGUCGAGGAUGAUAUUCCGGAGGUGCAGGGUACCUCCCACGGGAGCCUCCUGGACACUAUGCGCCCUUUGCUUUCCCUCCGUUCCCUCCGAUAUCUCGCGACCAGGCUCCCAGACUACCUGGUGGGGACCGAAUCCGACCUCUCCUUGAUGGCAGAUGCGUGGCCUGACCUCGUCGAACUCCACCUUGUCAUCUGGGUAUAUCAAGGUUGGAGCAGAGCCUAUACUCCGCGCCCAGAGCGUCCGUACGGCGGUCGGCUGGAGGGCAUCGCGCAUUUCGCGCGCAAGUGCCCCCGGCUCCGUGUUCUACAUCUCCCCGCGAUGGAACUAGCGGAGGAGUCUCUUGGAGCUGUCGAGUUCCCCAGCGAGACUCAUAGCCUAUGCACGCUCGUCAUCGAGAAGGUGCUGUUCCCCCAUGGAAGGGCGGACCUGGCGGGGCAGAUUUCGGAACUCGUCCGACGUGUCUUUCCUCGGGUCGCGUCCGCAUUUGAACAAGAUCAGAUCAGAUUCGGAAAGGAGGAGUUCUAUUUUUCCGAGGACGAUGACUCCGACCCUGGGGAGGAGGAGGGGAAGGAGGAGGAACAGGAGACUUGGGGCUUCAUGGAGAGUCGCCUGGUGACGUAUGGUCGAUAUAUGCCGUCUAGAGAAGCAGGCCCUUAA